AUGUCAACAAAAAAAGAACGCACAUUAAAAUAUUCCAUGAUCAAGGACGAAGAACAGGAUGAUGGUGGGCUGUUAUCUUUGGAGAAAUUAGAUAGAGCUUCGCCCGAUUUGUGGCCAGAAAAAAUUCCAGGAAUAACCGAUUUCAUUGCUAUGAGUGAUACACCAAUACGUACACCAGCUCCAGAAUGGUCUCGUGGUCUAUCACAGGAGGAUACGACGGCAAUGUUGCAACUCAGCACAUUGUCACCCAACGCCUUGAUAAUGGAAAUAAAGAAAAUCUAUGACGAGGCCUAUCAACUGGGCGUUAGUGAAGCUAAAGAAAUGACCCGUGGCAAAUAUUUAGGAAUAUUCAAUAAUGCAAAAAAGAAAAAUUAAGAUGAC